UGCGUGCCACCCGCACCACCAUGGCUCUCUACAACAAUGGGGCCAACGUGCCCUCGCCCCAAGAAGCCUCCAACGGCUUCUCGCAGCCCGGUGCCUCGGGCACGUGGCACAAGGCAGAGGAGGAGGUGAGGCUGGUGGAGCCCAACCUGGUGAAGAAGGCUCACCGUGAGAUCCUGGACCACGAACGCAAGCGGCGGGUGGAGCUGAAGUGCAUGGAGCUGCAGGAGAUGAUGGAAGAGCAAGGGUACUCAGAGGAGGAGAUCCGGCAGAAAGUGGGGACCUUUCGGCAGAUGUUGAUGGAGAAGGAGGGUGUGCUCACCAGGGAAGACCAGCAUGGGCGCCAAAUAGUGAUAGAAAACCACCACGGGCUGGAUGGGGAGGAGUACACAGCGCAGUACUCCGAGUGUGGCGAGGGCUGCCUGCUGCAGUGUGACUGCUCAGCCGAGUGCUACCGCGACGACAGCAGCCACCGCGAGUACAGGCUGAAAAGACGGUCGAGCAGCUCCACCUCCCCACCACCCAAGAAGAAAAAGAAAAAGAAAUCAGGUCACCGCCGGAGCCGCAAAAAGAGGAAACCCGGUUCAGAGCGCAGCUGUGACAGCUCUUCCCCGAUCCGCAAGGAGAAGAAAAAGAAGACUGGAAAGAAGCACAGACGUGACAGGUCUGAGUCAGGCUCUCGGAAGAAGAGAAGACACAGGUCCCGCAGCCCCAAAAACAAGAGGAAAGAGAAAAACAAAGAGCGCAAGAGGUCCCGCAGUGCAUCACCAGCCUGGCGGUCACACCGGCGCAGCAGCUGCAGCUCGCACAGCGCUUCGCUCUCCUCCGACUACAGCAACUCCAAAUCCCCCAGCAGGCUAAGCCCCAAGCAUCAUGAGGAUGGCCCCAACGGCAACAGCGCCCACUCCAGCCGCAGCCCGUCCUCCUCACCGCGCCGCUCGGCCUCACCACACCAGAACGGGCACAAGGGCAGCGCCCAGAAUGGCCGCCACAGCCAUGGCCCCGCACUCGAGGAGCCAACGGAUGUACGUAGGCUUUUCUUGCACCAUGGUUUGCUGCCCUCUCCUCCUCUUCCUUCUCCCUUUGCAGGAAUCCCUCACCCUGGCUCUCCUCUUCCCUCCUUCCCCAUCUCAAUGACGGACAGACUGAUGGGGACACAGUGCUGGCUGUCCCCGUCCCUGUGUAGACAUGUUUCCCCAAUCCUGGGGUGCUAGUCCAUCUCCUCUGAGUAGGAUCCCCAGCACCAGGUCCCCCUUUAUGACCACUCUGUGGAUGUCACGCCCUGAAGUCUCCCCUGUGGCUCAGCAGGGCCACUGUUGGGAGUGGAGUGCUCACAGAUGGCCAAAAAGUGGGUAAAAAUGGAAGUGUUAUUUCCAUGCUACCUGCAGCCCAUCCAAGUGCAGGAUCCCAGCACCACUCUGUGCCCAGACUGGGAUCUGCUGGAAGGCCAGGAGAGGUCAUGGAGCGGGGCUUGGGGCUGAGCGCUAAGAUUCUGGGCAUCCAGGGUCCCCAUGAUGGGUGAUAGCGUGUCCAAUUGUCCCCAGCAACACCGAGAGUCCCAGCAAAACCCAGCUGUGCUGGGGGCUUGUCCCCACAACGGGAUGAGGGGACCAGCCCCAGUUUAACCAGUAAUGGAGCACCUCUCUACAUUCUUCUUUGCUGUUUGGGGUCUGGGUGCCAAGGAGCCCCCACCCCGGGCAUCUCGCAAUGCCCAUGAGCUCCCUUGGCUCCCCAACUCUAGAGGGGACUUUUCUCCGACAACUUUUCUCUCUUUCUCUCUCUUUCUCUCUCUGUUUUUGUUUUCUUUGUUGUUUUCUUUUCUUUUCUUUUUAAUCCCAUCUGUGUUUUUCUUUAGCCUCCCAUUUGAAAAAAACCCAAACGGUAAUAUACAAUUCCAUUUCUUGCUCAGCAGAAGCAGGGAAGAGGGGGAGGGAAGGGCAAUGAAACCACGCUUUUCCCCCCCCCUUGUUUUAGUUUCCUUUAUCAUGAUUUAUUUUCUUUUCCUUCAUAAUGUACAGAAAUGCAAACAAUAUAUAUAUAUCUUAUUUUCCCCUGUCGUCGUCGUGUUGUUCUAGAAUUUUUUGCUUUUGUGUGUAUUAAUGUGGAGAAGAAAAAAAAAACAAAAC